ACUUUUUUUGCUACUUAGUAUUAGUAUAUUGCAUUAUUCGGUCUUAGUACGAAAAAAAUAUGGUUGUCCGAAUAAUUAUUGCGGGUGAAUCCCAAUGCGAAAAGUUUGCGCAAGUAAACUUGGUGGUUGAUCAUCUCUCUCAAAAUCUACCCCAGUUUUGUUAUGAACGAAUAGAAAAGAGUAUUCCGGAAUGGAAAACUUGGCUUAUCAAGAUAAAUCAGAAAUAUAAAUGGCAUCACAUUGGAUCUCCUUUAGUUUGGAAAGAACUCUUGAUGAAAGGAAGUAAACCCUAUUAUAUUGGCGGCCUCCCAGAAUUUUUAGAUUAUUGCCAUUCGUAUUACCAAUUUGAUUAUUUUAUGGCUGAUUCUAAAUUUAAAGGUAUAACUGAAAACUGUAAUCAAUAUCGAACAAAAAUUAAAAAGGAUAACCAAGAGAUACAGUUGAAAUUAUCUACAGAACAUAAGAUCAUAAGAACCGAAAGUCUACCGAAAAAUGAUUAUGUUGUAUGCAUAUCAGGUGCUGGAUAUCAGUUGACGGAACACUUAAUAUCACAAUUAUUAGAACUAUCGGUUGGCACUAAAACUAUAGCCAAAAUAUUUAUUUAUGAUAGUGAAUGUCCUAACCCACCGAUAGACAAGAUAGAACAUGAAUGUAGUUACAUUGAAACUAACUAUUCUGGAAAAGUAGUGAAAUAUGUUGAAAAAAUUGGUAUUGCUCUGACGUAUUGUGACCUAUUGAUAGUAUUGGAUCACGUACCUUUUCACAUGGAUUUAGCCAUUGGGGAUUGGUUGGAAGCAAACAAACAUGCAAUGGAAGAAAUAGCUUUAAUGCUAAAUGCAUCAGCAAAGCGAAAUAUACGUAUCCUAUUACCUAAUCUUGGCCCAGCAUGUUACAAUGCAACAAUUCUGAUGAAAGCGGCGAACAUUGAAAAAUAUAACAUAGUAGUAGCUACAUCGGAUUUGGGUUUGGAGGUAGCUCCAGUAGCAGCAGAAAUUGCUGAAGUGGCUAUGAGAAACAUGUUCUGUCCUCCCGUGUGGGGAUUUGUGGGAGUUAAUCAUUUAGUGGAUAUAAGAACUACAAUACAUAAAUACAAUACCUUCGAGCCAUACCAGAGAUACACGAGAGUGAGAAAUUCAACCUUAAAUAUAGGUUCCAUUACUCCAGAAAUCCGAUUAAUGGAAUAUUUAAUGAUAUUUGAUAAUACUUUGUGGACGAAGGUCCUGGAGAGAAGAAAACAAGCAAGUUUUUCACAACUUCCCAUUAAUAAAGUCAUAAGUCUUGUUAAUGUGGUUAAACUUUGGCUAUUUGGUGCUCAACCUGACGAGAUCAUUUGUCUCGGUAUCAAAUGUAACGGAUCGUUUGGUUUACAUUUCGAUGGUGCUUUUUCACAACCGGCGCAUUACGUUAAUGGAAAGUGGUUACCAGCAGAUAAUUAUUUAAUGCCAAGAGAUCCAGAAAUGAAAUUACCAUAUUUAGAAGAAAUGGCACGUUUGUGCAUGAAUAUGCACCAGGGAAAGUUACCAAAAGUUGCAUCUUAUACUCCGUGUAUUUGUAAACGGCUUAAGUUAUCCCCGAAAGUAAGUCGAAGUACCCGAUUUUACAAAUAGUUUUUAUUUUGUUGGCAAACUUAUGCAGAAUAUAAUCAAUUUUGCUCUUUCUUUCAAAAUUAAGAUACAAUUUAGUUACUAAUCGUAUCAGUUUAUAUUCGAUUGCUUUUAUAUUAUCGAUGAAUCAUAAUAAUCGAUUUAAAACGAUGAUUCAAGUUUCUGAACGUUAUCACAAACAAGUCGGGUCACUUCGUUUCGCAUCGAAGCAUUCCUACCUAGCUUUACAACACUAGUGCAAAACGAAACGUUGCUAGAAUAUGACGGGUCUCAUGUUGUGCGGGGAGAUGUUAUGACGUGCAGCAACUGUCUUUGUUUCAACAACAUUCGUAUAGUUUUCGAGAAAAUUGUUAGUUAAAAUGUUGUGAUAGAUCGUAUUUAGUAUGAUGUGAUACGCCGUGGUAUUGCGACAUGAAUUUUCCCAAAGCAUGACCGUGCCAAUAGGAGUUAUUAGCAUAGUUAGGAUUUCGUAUUGGUUAAGUUGUGUGAAUGUUGUGCCAAUAAUGAGAUAGUGGAGUGUUGUGAUGUGGUUCGGGGACAUGCGGGGGGUGGUGUGGAUGGCGUGGGUGGCCGCGGCGGUGGCAGCAGUGGCCGCCACUCCCCUGGAGUCCGAGAUGCCCGUCCCGCGAGGUGAGAGGAAGAACCUUGCCACCUACGCUUACCUCCGAGCCUGCUCCGCUCAUGCCUCUCGUUAACAUUGCAUGCGCUACUGCACAAGUCACACAAUACUUUUUCUGUCAUUGAAAGUGAUUUCGUGGAAGCUACUUAAACUUUUAUGUUAUGGAAGUUUUGUUUAUGUUUUAAUAAACUUGUACGCUUGAA